UAAUACAGUACACGUCAAGUUGUUAUGGUGGUAACAAGUUUGUUACUUUGACUUGCAAACGCUUACGAAAAAUGAAUUUGCAAGAAAUUAGUAAAAGUUUCAUAAAAUGAAGAAUAGUGUUUCUUUCAUCUGUUUAUGUUUGUACUGCAUUCUGCUUAUGCCAAGUUGUCUAGUUUUACUUGUGGAAAAUCCUGAAAAAGCUGCUCCAAAGCCACAUAGAGUGAUAGGAGAAACAGAACAUAGUAAUGGCCAACAGUUUAACCACAAUGAGAUUGAAAAAGAAGUUCCUCUUAGAGAACAAAACUCAGAUUUUCAGGAUACCAGAGAUUUGCCUGGAAUUGGUCUUGAGAAGGUGACGCUGAAAAGAAAUGAAAAGAAAGAGGAGAUUACUACUGCAGAAAUACACUCCAGCUUUGAAGAAGCAGUUCCUAGUCAAGCACAAGAUGUCCACUUGCCCACUCAGAUUAAACAAGAAGAAGAUGUUAAAAUUGGAGAUGUAGCCAAAGAAUGUCGCAGCACUCGUGUGUGGUCCGGCAUUGCCAUGCUGAAGGAGAAGUGACGAACUCUUCGAACCCCGAUUCCAACAAGCUGUUUCUCACGCACCGACACACUCACGUUACACACCGCCGUGUUACACGCUACAAUUCGGAGCCCUCUAGUGGCAAAGGGCUGCACAUAUACAGUAACGUUUGAUUUAGAAAGCUUUCUGAGUUUUUACACGAAAAAUUCGUAGGCAUUAGUUUUCAGCACUACCUCGUAUGUCUGUGGUACAAGUUACAUGUUACUUACUGGUUCUGAAAAUACUAUUUGUAGCUCAAGCUUCUGUCUGACUAAAAUAUUAAAAUUGCCUAGCAUGAAUUUGCUGAGUGCUGUGUAUGGUUAUUUAUAAGUGCAGUAGCGACUGGUUAAUUAAACUAUACCGAAUAUUACGGAAAUAAUAUAGUU